AUGUCCACUACACCAUCAACUAUCGGUCCUCAUAGUCGUAAGAAGGUCUCUUAUUACUACGAUUUCGAUGUGGGCAAUUAUUAUUACGGACAAGGCCAUCCGAUGAAACCGCAUCGUAUACGUAUGACACAUAAUUUAAUUCUCAAUUAUGGACUUUACCGUAAAAUGGAAGUUUAUCGUCCACAUAAAGCUAUUUCUGAUGAAAUGACACGUUUUCAUAGUGAUGAAUAUGUAAAAUUUAUUCAAAAUAUUCGACCCGAUAAUAUUGUUGAUUUCAAUAAACAAAUGCAACGGUUUAAUGUUGGUGAAGAUUGUCCAGUAUUUGAAGGUCUUUAUGAAUUUUGUCAAAUAUCAGCUGGUGGUUCAUUAGCUGGUGCUGUUAAAUUAAACCGAAAAUUAACGGAUAUUGCCAUUAAUUGGGCUGGUGGACUUCAUCAUGCUAAAAAAUCUGAAGCGUCUGGCUUCUGUUAUGUCAAUGAUAUUGUUUUAGCCAUUCUUGAAUUGCUCAAAUAUCAUCAACGUGUAAUUUAUAUCGAUAUUGAUAUUCAUCAUGGUGAUGGUGUCGAAGAAGCUUUCUAUACAACUGACAGAGUUAUGACGGUAUCAUUUCACAAAUUCGGAGAAUACUUUCCGGGUACUGGUGAUUUAAGAGAUAUCGGAGCUGGUCGCGGCAAAUACUAUGCUGUUAAUUUUCCUUUGCGCGAUGGAAUCGAUGAUGAUUCCUAUGAAACAAUAUUUAAACCAGUCAUGACAAAAGUCAUGGAAUCUUAUCAACCAAAUGCUGUUGUGCUACAAUGUGGUGCUGAUUCAUUAACUGGCGAUCGUCUUGGUUGUUUUAAUUUAACACUUAAAGGCCAUGGUAAAUGCGUAGAAUUCAUGAAAGGCUUUAAUUUACCUUUAUUACUCGUUGGUGGUGGUGGUUAUACCAUACGUAAUGUUGCCCGUGCUUGGACAUAUGAAACAGCAAUUGCACUCAAUCAAGAUAUUCCAAAUGAAUUGCCUUACAAUGAUUAUUUCGAAUACUAUGGACCUGAUUUUAAACUUCAUAUAAGUCCAUCAAAUAUGCCUAAUCAAAAUAGCUCGGAGUAUUUAGACAAAAUAAAAGUUAAACUUUUUGAUAAUCUUCGUAUGUUACCGCAUGCUCCAGGUGUACAAAUGCAACCUAUCCCAGAUGAUGCUAUGGAUGUUGAUCGUGCUGUUGAUGAAGAUAAAGAUAAUGAUCCUGAUAAACGUAUAUCACAAGUGCAAAGUGACCGACGUAUAACUGAUGAACGUGAACUAUCAGAUUCAGAAGAUGAAGAUGGCGAUAAUCGACGUAAUCAAUCGAAUUUCAAACAAACUUCAACUAGACGCAAAAACAAUUCUGAAACAGCCAAUGGUACAAGUGUUGCGUCAACAACGAAAGCUACUGAAUCAACUGUUGUUGUAUCAGCGAUAGACAAUGAAACAACAGAAAAUGGAACAUCGAAUGAAGUAACCUCAGUAGGUUCAGAAACAAUUGCUACCACACCAACAACAGCCAUUGAAGAAGUUAAGAAAACUACGACAAUAGUAGAGGAAAAUGAAACGUCAACGACACCGGCCGAUGAACCUACAGUAGCCGUAGUUAACACAGAUGGCAUGGACACAUCAGAAACGUCCUAA